AUGGUAUCUGUAUCAAUGGAUGAGUUAACUACGACUGAAGUUUAUGGUAUACCCAAUUUAGUCUUGAAAAAACUAUCUGGUCAUCCUACGGUCUAUGUCUGGGAAAAGUAUUAUUUAUCGAUGAUAAGUUGUAUGCUUUUCUAUAGCAUCUCCCGAUGCAUGGUACUCUCUGUUAUCUUUACUGCUGUGGCGACCCCUGUGGUGAAUGCUGGUAAACGAUACAUCAAGCAUCGACGUGCAUACAACGAUAGGAUUGAUUGCUUUGCAUAUAGUAUGCUCAUGUGGCUCAGAUACCCACAACAAUUCAAUGAAGUGAGGCGCUGUAUAAUUUACCCACCAUUUAGACAUUUUGAUUAUAUCCUUGUUGAUACUCUUAAUGCAGCAUUGAUGCGCUUUGAUGAGCGUUGUAGUGCAAAGGACUGGGACCAAGUUGUUAAACAUAUACACAGAAAUCCAAAUGCCCUUCGCGCUAUAUACGAACCACAAAGCCAUCUAAUAGAACGCUGGGAGCUUGCUCUUAUGUGUUAUAUCCCUCAAAAGAAUAGUAUUCUUCAAACAGCUGCAAAUAGAUUUCUUUAA